GUCAUAGGCUUUCUAUGAGUUUAGCGGUAAUCGUAUCGAUACCUCCUCUUCGGCUGCGACCUUUCAACGAAGAUAAGACGCUCUCUCUCUCUUUACGCGUCUGCGCCUUUCGUCGACAUUUCCAAUAUCUCUCUGCGUGUACUGAUUCAGAUCGGUGUUGAUUUCUUGAGAUUGUUCCGAUCCGUCUGUUCGUUAAUUAUACAUUAGAAUGAGUCGUCCACAAGAUCUGCACAGACCUUCUUUCUCAUUUGGCAAUCCAUUCCGGAUGAUAUCACCUAAGGGUUCUUAUUUGUCUCCAAAGCUUCUUGAGUUGUUGAACACAUUUGAGGACACCUUGGCAAAGAGGCUUAGCAAGCUUAAGCCAAAAGACAGGAAAGAGGUACUUGGCUUGUCAUGGAUGAGAUUAGCCAUGGAGUCGCUUUGCGAAACUCAUACUGACAUAAAAACCCUGAUUUCUAACCUUGAUCUCCCUGUGUGUGACUGGGAUGAGAAAUGGAUUGAUGUGUACUUUGACAAUAGCGUGAAGUUGCUUGAUAUCUGCAACGCUUUCAGUUCUGAGCUUGCAAAGCUCAACCAAGGCCACCUCUAUCUUCAAUGUGUCUUGCACAAGCUGGAUUCAUCGGAGCCGAAGCAGUUUUCAGGGGCGCGUUCUUCACUUGAUGGCUGGAGGCAGCAAAUUAAUUCAAAGAAUCGCAGACUUGAGAACUGUUUUGCCAUCUUAGAGAAGCUCACUCAAACUCUUGACCUGCCUAAGGUUAAGAACUCAGCCAAAGGAAAGGUUUUAAUGCGUGCUAUGUAUGGGGUUAAGGCGGUAACUGUGUUUAUCUGUAGCAUAUUUGCGGCAGCCUUCUCAGGAUCUGCAAAGAAGUUGAUCGAUUUACAAGUUUCUGACACAUACUUGUGGGCAGAAGCUUUUGCGGAUGUACAGACUUUUGUAAAUAGGGAGAUUAGAAGUAAACUUUCAAGUGGAAUAGCUACGGCAGUUAAAGAGCUGGAAGCAGUUGAUGCGAGCGUCAAAAAGUUGUACCCCAUUAUUCAUGACGGGGCUAACCCUACUGGGGUCGAGGGACUCCGGAGUUGUGUUUCGGAUUUUGGAAAGAAGGCAAAUGAACUAUCGCAAGGAUUAGAUCUUGUUGCGAAGGAAGUAGAUGGCUUCUUCCAAAUUGUUCUAACUGGACGCGAUGCUCUGCUUUGUAACCUUAGAGUGAAUAGUAAAGUCUCUAACUCAAUGAAAGUGAAAAAGAAUGUAGAAGGGCAAGCUGUGAGGUGAUGACAUCUGAUGAAGCUAAACCCACCUCCAUACACACACGGGGUAGUAGGUAUGGUAUUAAAUAUAUUUUAUUGAAUAUGGGUGUAACUUGUAAUGGGUUAAUCUUGGACUGUUCUUUAUAUGUUCUACUGUAUCAUGUAAUGCUAAUAAUAAAUAAUAUAUAUAGUGUUUUUAGUGUUUGCUUAAAAAUUUUGUUGAAAAGUAUGGUCAUAAUUGGAUGGCUCAUCUUAGAAGUUGACCGUGGAUCCAGACCUCAGUGGGCCCUUAAAGUAAUGUAAUUUAAACAGUCUCAACUAAUUGUAGUUUUUUACUAAUUUCAGUAAACGUGGGCGGUCAUUGACGAACCUCGAUUUUGAUCAAUCAGUGUUUGGAAAUAUUUUGAUUAAGUUGUCAUUGGCCCUGAAAACGUUAGAUGGCUGCUGGAAUUGCUACAUAGAAAAGCAGAUAAGCUGUGAGGUGAUGACAUCUGAUGAAGCUAAACCCACCUCCAUACACACACGGGGUAGUAGGUAUGGUAUUAAAUAUAUUUUAUUGAAUAUGGGUGUAACUUGUAAUGGGUUAAUCUUGGACUGUUCUUUAUAUGUUCUACUGUAUCAUGUAAUGCUAAUAAUAAAUAAUAUAUAUAGUGUUUUUAGUGUUUGCUUAAAAA